ACUAGCAGGGCAAACUGUAGUUUCAGAAACAGGAUUGUUGCCAUGGAACCCACAAUGCCACGAGGGUAAAGUAGGAAAGGUAACAGCUAAAGAUCUGCUCAACAGAUAGGCUGCGGUUCUUCUUCUGGAAAAUCCUGACUGGUAGGAUUCCUUUAAAGGCUCUGCCGCAAAGAGCUUUCUGUCAUUCCUUCAGUCACUUGAAAACUGAAGCUCCAGGAGACUGCAGAGAGAGAAACCCGCCUUGGCUUCAACACUUCCUACCAAUGGCCAAUCCUAAUGAUAGCGCUGUUACUAAUGGGAUUCUACACAAUCCUAAGACUCAGCACGGAAAAACGCAAAGCACUGAUUGUGGGAAAAACGGAAUCUCAAAAGAAGUCCAGCAAAAUAGAAAUAAACAUAAUGGGGAUAAGUCCGUCUUUGAGCCCUACCCGGAACCACCACUGUAUGUCUUCGUUUUCACUUACAUGGGAUAUGGAAUUGGAAUGCUAUUCGGCUAUCUCAGAGACUUUAUGAGAAACCGGGGAAUAGAGAAAUGCAAUGCAGCUAUAGAGCGAGAAGAACAAAAAGACUUUGUGCCACUGUAUCAGGACUUCGAGAACUUUUAUAAGAGGAACCUUUACAUGAGGAUCAGAGACAGCUGGAAUCACACGGUCUGCAGUGCCCCAGCGCCUUGCUGUAGCAUCAUGGAGAAAGUGACUGAUGACUAUAACUGGACAUUCAGGCAUACUGGAAGAGUUUUCGAAAAUGUUAUCAACAUGGCCUCCUACAACUACCUUGGGCUUGCAAAGGAAUAUGAUGAGUCUAUGGAGAGAGUUAAGGAUACUUUAGAAAAGUAUGGUGUAGGUGUGGCCAGCACCAGAAAUGAAAUGGGUACCUUGGAUAUACACAAGGAGCUGGAGGAUCUCAUGGCUAAGUUCUUGAAUGUAGAAGCAGUGAUGAUUUUUGGGAUGGGAUUCGCAACCAACUCAACAAAUAUCCCUAUAUUUGUUGGAAAGGGAUGCCUCAUUUUAAGUGAUGAGCAUAACCACUCUUCUAUCAUCCUGGGUGCUCGACUCUCAGGCGCAGUCAUAAGACCCUUCAAACACAAUAAUAUGCAAGACCUAGAGAAGCUCCUGAGAGAAGCUAUUAUCAGUGGCCAGCCUCGCACGGGGAGAGCUUGGAAAAAGAUUCUCAUCCUGGUAGAGGGCAUCUACAGCAUGGAAGGCUCCAUUGUGAACCUUUCCCAGAUAGUGGCUCUAAAGAAGAAAUACAAGGCUUACCUCUACAUUGAUGAAGCUCACAGUAUUGGCUGUACAGGCUCCACAGGCCGAGGCAUCAGAGAGUUAUUUGGACUGGCCCCUGAAGAUAUCGACAUAUACAUGGGUACAUUCACCAAAUCCUUCGCGGCCUCAGGAGGCUAUAUAGCUGGGAAAAAGGAAACUGUGGAUUAUGUACGGAUGCAGUCACAUAGCGCUACUUAUGCUACAUCUAUGAGUCCCGUAAUAACAGCACAAAUCAUCAGAUCAUUGAAGAUUAUUAUGGGAUAUGAAGGGAAUUUUGGAGGCAUGCAGAGAAUACAGAAACUUAGAGAAAACAUUAAAUACUUCCGACGGCGACUCAUAGAGAUGGGAUUCAUCAUCUAUGGCAAUGAUUUCUCUCCCGUGAUCCCUGUGCUCCUCUACAUGCCUGCUAAAGUGUCUGCUUUUGGAAGAAUCUUGCUUAAGAAUAAUAUCGGGGUGGUGGUUGUUGGAUUUCCAGCUACUGCUCUGGCAGAAGGUCGGGCUAGGUUCAGCAUUUCCUCAGCACAUACCCGGGAGAUGUUAGACACAGUUUUGGAAGUUGUUGAUAAACUCGGUGAUUUACUGAACGUGAAAUAUUUCCCAUUCAAGAAGUCAGGACGUGCUGUACUCUACAGUAAGGAGAGUUUCGACAAUGAAGCAAGCUUUGAAGAGACGCACUCCGAAACAGAAGCCUAAGUUUCCUGGCUCUAAAUGGAACAUAAAGACUGCCAGAAAAACCUCCCUCCCUCUUUAUCUCAAAAGUAAUAUCAUUGUAUCUUACCCUUUCGAAGGACAAUUUCAUUUUCCAAACAAGCUUAACUGAAAAGGGGAAAUAAUCAUUUACUUAAUGUCUCAAACCUGCUGCUACCAAGCAAAAGAAUAUAAUUCUAGAUUUAAGUUUUCCCUCUCCUUUACUGUAAAUACACAUAUAUAUGCGCAAAUGG